CAUUGAUGAGCCGUCGACGAAUGUUGCACGUCUCGCGCAGUGAACAUUCAGCAGCGUCGGAGUUAAACGAAUAAGUGAUUGACUAUAACCGUACAACAUACAUACAUACAUACUAACUGUAUAAAUGUAUGCGUAAAGUGUUUAUAGACAGUGCUAAGUAGUGAAGUGAAGUGUAUAGAAUUGUGUUUGUUGUUGUUCUGCUGCAAUGCUGUGCGGUGGGUGCAUUUGAACUUGGCGUCAAGAGUAGUGACAAAGCACAACAACAAAACGAACAACAUUAGCAAGCGACAGCAACAAACAGUGAGACAACACGCCAACACAAACAAAGCAAUGCAAGGCAACAACAACAACAACAACAACAUAGUGUUGCCAACAGCCAACUAAUUAACAUGCAACGAGUGUGAGCAACGUGCGCGAAUACAACAACAACAACAAAAACAAAAAAGAGGCGAAGAGAAGACAACAACAACAAACGGCAGGCAUACAUUUUGCAGAUCGUUAACAGCCGUUGGCGGAAAAAGUUGCAGUGAGUCAAUGUGCGCGAAAUAAAUACAAGCAUUGCAAGCAACAAACAACAACAACAACAUUGUUUCAUAGGAAAGACAGCAUUUUUUGAUACGAACCAAAGCGAUGUUUGUACGCAGCCAAGCAGCAGAAUGCGCCACGAUAAAACGUCAAUGCACAAUGAACUGUGAGCUGUGAGCGCGGAACGUGCAACGUGCAACAUGCGGCAAGCGAUCAAGGAUUGGCAAACACAGAAACUAUCUGCAACAAGGAAUCAACAACAACAACAAUCUAUACAACGAAUUUCAUUAGCGGCCUGCGCCGAGUGACAACAUUAACACCAACGUUUGCAACAACAACGACAAAUACAAACAACAAAGAGGAAAGCAAUUUUGUAUUGGAUAUUGCCACUGUGACUGCACCCUUUCACAGAGUGAGUCUCCGGCCGAAUUGACAGCCGUUGAUAGACGUCGUUUUGCCGCCGGGCGUACAUAAGCACAACGCCAACAACAACAAGAACAACAGUGCAACACAGUUGGUAUACCAAUCCAAUCCUCUGAGUGGCGCAUUUAUCCCAGCAUUUUUUUGGAAUCCCAACUGUGGCAAACGCGAAAAUUUGCGCUGUGUUGGCACUAAAUAUAUACAAUUUAUUUAUAUUUAUUGUGUAUUGUUGCCUCGUUGCUGUUGCAAUUUGCAGUGCAGUGCUUGCCUGCAACGUUCCAUCCCAACCAUCGCUCCGUUGGUGCUAAUUAAGCUGCGGCGAAUUUUUGUUUAUGUCGCUGGUGAUAUUUUUUGCAGAUGUUGCUGAUUGCUGGCAAUUAAAGCGGCGGAAAAUUGAAAUAACAAGCUAAUUGAAAAAUAUAUACGCGCAAGUGGAAAGAAAUAAGUAGAUAUCAGCAACAAAGUCAAGUGGCUGGGAGAAUAUUGAAUUUUACUGUGAAAAGUGUGCGACAGUGGUGGCGAAAGUGUUAUAAAGUAAAGAAUAUAAAAAAAAAAUAAUUACCGUUAUUUUUAAAAAUAAAAUAGUUAAUUAAGUAGUUAUUGACAACGCCGUGGCUGGCAGUUAAACGAAUAAAUAAAAAAAUAAAACAAAGAGCACGCGGUCCGACGGCACAAAAGAGCAGCUGUGAACGCAGUUAAUAAUUGUACAACAAAAACAACAAAUAUUAAGUGAACUGCACGUCUGCCGCUCGUCUACUACAACAACGGCAGCAACAAAAAGCAGCAAACGCACACAGCAACAGCAAUAGCAACACGGCAACAGUGUUAGCAACAUCAGCAGCAGUUUCAGCAACAUUGUUUCCAUUGAAACAAUAGUGAAACGUUAACUUUGCGGCAACAACAAACAGCAUAAACGUUACAACAGACAUGUCGGUGGUGAUGCGCAAUGCACCGCGUCUUUUCGGCGAAGAAAAUGGUCGUCUGCCGGCACAAUUGUAUGCCGGCAAUCCGGCUGUGGCGUCUGCUGCUGCCGCGGCGAAUGUGCGCAACUGCAAUUGCUGUCCGUACGGUUACCACAUCGAUUUGGAUUUUGUGCGCUACUGUGAAUCGCUAGCCAAUGCCAGGCCAUCGGAGGAGGAGUUGCAGCGGCGCAGUCGGCGGCGCUCGCGCAAAUCGAUGGAAUUCAUGCUGGGCCUGGACGCAAUGUUCGAGCAAUGGGAUGCCGCCGCACGGGUGCAGGCAGUGCCAGAGGCGCCGCACGAAAGUGACUCACCUGAUUCGCCACGCCUGCUGCCGCCACCCAUACCACCAGCGCCCACGUCCGCGUCACACGCCACAUUCUGCACAUCUACACCGCGUCCGCGCUCCUCCUCGGUACCGCGCUACACAUACGACAGCAGCAGCAGCGCGCCGCGCGCGGAAUCACCCUAUGGCACAGCCUCAUCGACGUGUUCUUCGGUGCGCGGUGCAGAGAGUGACGCGCCCUACAGCAUACUACGUCAGCGACACAAGGAGCAUCAAUCAAGACGUGAUGCGCCCGAAACGCGCGCCUUCCUGCGCGAUGCGCUCGACGAGGUGUGCAGCGACUUUGAGCGCACGCUGGAGCGCACGUCGUUGCGCCGCAAGAAAGCGGUAAGCUGUAACGAGCGCGAUGGCAGUUUUAGUGGCGGUGGCGGAGGCAAUGCGGGUGCGUUGAAUGGUCAAUUAUACGGUUAUGGCGUAGCGAGCGAUCGCAAUAACAAUCACCAGCCGACAUAUGCAAUGAAGACGGAUUUGCCACCGGCGAAAUUGGGCAACGCGAGUUGGCUACGCGACAAUUUCACGCGCAAUGGCUACAGCUGUAAUGGCAAGCGUUUGUGCUAUGGCUGGGAGCGGCCCGCCGAACUGCAAGUUGAUUCCUGUGUAGCUGGCAAUAAGUCGCCACGUACGCAGCGCUACCUGGCCAAGGCCGCUGCCGCGUUGCCCGUGCAUCAGAAGCUCUCACCCGCCGAGCAGCAAUAUGAGUCAUAUGUGCAGGCGACAGUAGCGGCGAAUGCCAAAUCGCCGGUGGAACAGUUGGUGCCGCCACCACCGCCGCCGCGCCGACAUGUGCCACAGCCACGUCAGCUGUUGAGUCCCAACAAUGGCGAAGCGGAACUUACAGACACAGAUGAGAUCGACCAAAAGCCGUUGCAAUCAGAUAACGCAGCACCGGUGAGUGAACUCACAGCUCCAGUGUCUGUUGUCUUGCCCACAUCCACGAAUGGCGCGGAAACCAGCGCUGCGGCUGACGCGCAAACGCUGUUUAUCAUACGUGAGCAGAUGGCUUUGAGUUUGAAACGUAUGAAAGAUCUGGAGGAGCAAGUCAAAUCGAUACCGGAACUUCAAAAUGAACUGACGCAACUGCGCGAUGAAAAACAGCGUCUGCAACAGUCACUGCAGCGUAAGGAAGAUGAGCUGCAGCGCGCACGCGAACCGCCGCGCCCCUCGUCUUCACCGAGCCCAGUCACAAGCACGAAAAAUGGUUCACCUGUACAGUUUACGCCACAACGCAUUAGCCCGGUUUCACUGGAAAGCUUGGGUUCCCGAUUGCGCGCCAACUCCAGCAGCUCAGAGCGCCAACUGCGCACACCGACCUCAUUUAAGCGCGAUGUGGGUACCAUGUGCGGACUGCAUACUAAGAGAGACAUCGGCGUCGGCAGUCCAGUGCACAUGGUUCGCAGCGUUGGUACGAGCCCGGUACAGCAGUUAAACAGCAUCACCGAAACACUUUACUCGCAGUGGGAACUGGAAGAGCAUACUCAAUUGGCAAUAACGCGUUACGAGGAAGAACGCGCGCUGCAGCAACUGAAGAAGAUGACGCACGCCGGCACACAAGUGCAAGCGUCACGUAGUGUUGAAAGGGGUGCACAAACAACAGCAGAGCCAAAAGUGCUAAAGAGUUCAGUGAGCGUGAUGGUGAGCCCGGCAACGCGAGAUGCUUACGUGAAUUGUGGUCCUGAAAUGCGUACCACAGCUUGCUCUGAGGAUAACAUACUGGAUCCGUUGUGUGACAAAUGUAAUAUUGUGAAGCGAAGCAUUGCCUGUAGCACCGAAGACCCGGGCUUCAUUAAAGUAAAGUCAGUAUCAUUGAAGCUACUCGAUUCACCUGAAUUUCUGCGUAGCAAGACAUUCUCAUUGGGCGAACAUGAUCGACUCGGGCGUAUACGAAAGACCACAGGCACGCAAUACACGCCAGUCUCGGUGAAUAGUGCCGGCUGCCAAACCGCAACCACAUACGUACACGCAGUCGGUGUACAGUGCAUGCCCGAACAACGACACGCCGGCGUGCAAAGUGAGGUGGUGUGCGACACCCGACAUACAGACACACGCGAUUUAAUACAGCUCUGUACCACACAAACCAGCACCGAAGAGUAUAUACCGCCGCCACCUAUUGUCGUCGAGGCGCCACCCAAAAAGGAAGAAAAACCCGCGCCACCAAAACCAAUAACGCGUUCAACUGCCAGCAAUACCGACGCGCCACGCACUGUGGAUUACGGUAUAAAUACCUUACCUCCUGCGCCCAUACGUCAUACCGCAGCUAACACAGAUGCAGUGCGAAAACGUGACAUCGGUUGCGGCGAUGUUGUCAAACCACACAUUUCGAUUGCCUGCGCAGAUAAUUACUGUGAUUCCUGCAAGGAUGCGAUUAAAAAUUUGGCAAAAGACUUCUCGAAAGUGCUGGCGCCACAAUCGCCACCAUCACCAAAGCUACGCCCAGCGGCACCAAUACGCAGUGCUUCUAUGGACUCACGUAUUCCACUACGUAAAAACGUGCCACCCAGUCCCAGUCCAGUGCGACGCACUUUUCAACGGCAGAACACAUAUACCAUAACAACAACGCCGGAAAAAUUGGCGACAACAAAGCCAACACAGAGUUCGUUGCACGAGAAACCGCCAUCAGUUGCCCACUUUCUGCCACCGGAGUCAGCCAGUGAAACGCAGAGUUUCAUUACAGAGCCCAAAACUACCGCGCCUAACGUCGGUGCCAAGGUUACGCCGCCUAAAGCGAACCCCUCUUUAACCGCUCCUUCCUCAGCCGCAAAUUCACGCCGAACAUCUGAUGCCAGUCAAAAGAAUGCUGAAACGCUUGACGAUAGCAAAGACGAUGAGACUGCACCACUGCAACCCAGUCUCGACGGUCUAAUUGUGCGUGAAGAGAAACGUGUGAGUGUCAGCUGGUCUCGCGAUGCAUCACCAGCGCCGCUUAAAGAUGGCGCUUCACCUUAUCGCUCCUUGGAGAGCUCCUUCAAUGAGAAGCUCAGAGAUGCCACAUUGGAAACUGCAGCGACAGUGUUGGCUGAGGAGUGUGAGGAAAAGGAGGACGCUGGAACGGAAGUUGAUAUGUCAAAGGGCGCACGUCGCAAGACGACAACCACAACGAAAUCUAGUCAUAUCUCAAGAAGACAACUGGGUAGCGUCGACAAGACAGUAACAACGAAGAAUGAGCCGCAGACAGAACAGACCGAAGUGCAGGAACGUCCACCAUCGAAGGCGUUGCUGCAAAAGUUGGCAAUGGUUGAGGCGGAGCCACGACAAAAAUUUGUUCCGCCUGAUGAGAUGCUGAACGCUUUGAAGACCAUCAACAAUUCGCUGUUAAAGAAAAUCGACGCAAAGUCGCUGUCGGCGGCUAGCUUGAAGUCAUCCAAAUUGGUGAUCCAACAGGAAUGGUUCCGGAUCUCGAGCACCGAGAAAGCGAAUCCACACGAAGUAGAAGACUACUUGGAUUGCUUCGAGGAGAUGUCGGUGUCGCUGUUGGAGUACUGUGUUAAUAUGGUGGAUGCUAAUGGCAACACAGCAAUGCAUUAUGCGGUCUCGCAUGGCAAUUUUGACGUCGUAUCCAUAUUACUCGAUUCAAAGGUUUGCAAUGUAAAUCAAAUGAAUAACGCUGGAUACACUUGUGUGAUGCUCGUCUCAUUGGCAAAGCUGAAAAACGCUGCGCAUCGCACAGUCGUACAACGACUGUUCCAGAUGGCCGAUGUCAAUAUACGAGCCAAAAAGCACUGCCAGACCGCAUUGAUACUGGCUGUUUCCCAUGGUAACAAAGAGAUGGCGGAGCUGCUGCUGGCCGCCGGCGCGGACAUCAACAUACAGGACGAGGACGGUAGCACAGCGCUGAUGUGUGCCGCCGACAAUGGACGCACGGACCUGGUGAAGCAUUUGUUGUCACAGCCUGACUGCGAUUCGCUUUUAACGGAUGUGGAUGGCGCUACGGCUUUCAAAAUCGCCUGGCAGGCUGGACAUCGCGACCUCGGCUUGCUGCUGUACGUGCACGAGCAAAUGCUGCGCAGCAAGCAGCCAAAUCGCGGCGAGGCCACACGUGUCUCGCUGGAGUUACCGCGCGGCCCGAAGCCUACUUAAUGAGCGAAUGAGUUUUUGAAGCGGGGUGUGAUUUAAUUGACGCAAAAGUUUUAACUUUUAAACAAAAUUAUUGCAAAACAUUGAAAACGAUGCCAGCCACAAAAAAAAAAUUAACGAACAAAUUAGAAUGUUUUUUCUUAAAAUUAGUAGAUUUUGCUAUUAGAUGGCACUGUAUUUGAAAUAUAUAUCACUUAGUCUGGCACUUAGUCAGCGUGCUGGCGACAAAUGAAAUUACUUAGUUAUACUAAUUAAGUUAAGUUAAAAAUUCUCGAAGAAUUGUGCGACGUUUUAUGAGAGAUUUUAUAAAAGCUUUUGAAAAGACACAGCAACAUAUCAAUUGUUAAAGCCAAUUUUUGACGCGCACUCACUAACAUUCCACACAAAUUUUUGUAGAGAAAUGUGCAAGAGAAGAAAAUAUUUGAAUCUUCAAAGAAACGAAAACGAAAUUGAUGACAUGCUAAUAUUGGAAACAAAGAAAUAAUGUUGGUACUAAAGCUAACAAACAAGAGAAAUCACAAAUCAAUUAAUAUUCAAAGAAUUCUAAAAAUACAUUUCUACAAAAGAAAGCACUAAUCUUAAAAUUAAAUAAACUAAUGAAAUGAUAAUGCAGCAGAUUAAUUAUUUAUAAUAAAUAUUAUAAUUUAUGCAAUAAGUUGAAAAUAAAUAAGUUUAAUUUUUAUCUCUGAUUUAUUAACCUUUAAGUGACCAGUGUUAAUUUUUCGAAAAUCAAAAUUUUGAAAAAAAAAUAUUUUUUUUUGCACAUUUAUUACUUAAAACUCUCACUCACUCGUUAAAAAAAAAAUUACUCAAAAUAAUAUUAACGGUAUUUCACCUAGAGUUAGCAGAAAACAUAAUAUUUAUAUUGCACAGUGAGUCCAAACUGUUAAAAAUAGCCAUAUCAACUAAGUGACAAUGAACAACCAAUUUGUAUAGCAAACUUUGAAAACGCAAAACACUUUUUAACAAAGCACAUAACAAUCGUAUUCGCUAAUUAUAACAGCACAAGAGUCAAUUUUCAAAAGUAAAUAAGGGUUAAACAAAUCUAAAAACUAAAAAACAAAAAAGUAGCAGCUUUUUCUUUGAAACUAAGCACGCGUUUGAAUAUAUACAACUACAAAUACAUAUUUAUACAUACAUAUAUAUACCACUUUAAAAAUUAAGUAAUAUUAUAUAAUAUAUACUUACUUGCAGUUUUUAAAAUCAAAAAUUAUAUAGAUAAACAUGCGCAAAUGUUAAUUUGUGUAUGAGAAACGAUGUUUUUAAAAUAAAAAAUCAAAAAAAUUUAUUUGAAAAAUACAAAUAUAAAA